AUGGCUUCGCCCAACAAUGAUCCGAAGCUGCUCUACGCAGUCGAGGGCAUCAAGGCCUAUCGCAUCCUCAACGGCGUCGAGGAGUCCCUGACGCCCAUGAGCCCCCAGACCCUCUCCCUCCUCAUGGUUCCCACCGCCUCUGGCUUCGCCGGCCCCUCCGACCCCUCCCGCGGCGACGACGACUUUUACCUACACCUUCACCUGCCGCCCGAGCUCGACCUGCCCAUGCCCGCCACCACCCAAAUCUACCACCAGCCGCCCACCAGCUACCUGAUCCCGCGAUGGGACCUCGGCCCCGGCAGCGGCGCCUUCACCCGCAUCGAGUUCCCCCCCGUCGGGAGCCGCCCCGGCGUCCAGGAGGACGUCGACACCUUUGAGACCAUCCUGGCCCAGUGCACCGCCUUUCUCGAGCGCGCCCCGCCACCCAUGUCCGACCGAUCCAAGGCCGCCGAGGCCGCCGCCGCACCGCCCCCGCCCUACAACCCGGCCGAGUAUGAUCCCGGCGAGGGAUACGUGCCGGGCAGCCACAGCGCCAACUCGGGCAAGGGAGGUAGGAUCGUCCUCGUCGACGAGGAGGACGGCAGCGUCGUCGGCGAGCUCGGCGAGGGCUUCGACGUGGUCGAGGGCGGAGGCGUCAAGCCGGGAUCCAAAGACCCAGUCGAAAUCUCCCUGCCUGCCGAGGGCUCACAUAACAUCUCGGUCCAGCCUCUGUCCUUCGAGGACGAGAUGCAUCCGGCCUUCAAAAAGUCGACUAUAGUCUCGACGGCGUCCAAGGCGUCGCGGCUGCUCAUCACAACGUCCGACUACGUCACCAAGACGAUGCAGUCGCAGGCCGAUGGCUUCACACACAAGACCAAGCCAGCGGCCAAGCCCGUGACCUUUACGCCCACGACGCACGCGCACAUCCGACGCAUCAACCAGUUCUCCACCAAGGCGGCCGGGCUGUCGGCGGCCACGGUCGGGUCGAUUGGCAAGGUUGCGCAAAACUUUGGCGCGCACGUCACCAAGCGCAAGGACGGCAGCGCCAGGGGCUACGACAAGGAAGGCAAGGCGAUUGCAAACUACAAGCCCGGGGUGCUGAACAAGAGCCUCAUGGCCUUCAACACGGUGGUGGACGGCGUGGAGCAGGCGGGCCGGAACCUGCUGACGGGCACCUCAUCGAGCGUGACCACGGUGGUCGGGCACCGGUGGGGAGAAGAGGCGGGCGAGGUGUCGAGGAACCUGGGCGGCGGCUUCAAGAACGUGGGGCUCGUCUACAUUGACGUGGCGGGUGUGUCUCGGCGCGCGGUGCUCAAGAGCGUGGCCAAGGGCAUGGUUGUCGGCAAGGUCAAGGGCGGGGGGCAAGUCAUUGUCGGCGGAGGAGACGCCGACAACCCUGCCAUAGUCGCGGCCGCCACCGGCAACGGCCAGGGCCAGGCGGGCUCGGGCCCGGGCCUCUACGAGACGUCGAGCGUCGCCAGCGGGUACAAUGGCACGGGCAAGAAGGCGGCUUCGUAG